CUCGUUCUCAAUGAUAAUAAUGUAGUCAUGCUUGUCAUGCUCACACCACAACGUUUCAACGCAAGUAAAUUCAAAAUUUCCCGCUAAUUAACCUAAUCGACGCCGGGCGCCCUCAGUUAUCUUCAUAUUGUUUUGUUGUGCCGUCACAUCAAGACGUUUGUUCAACGGUUGAUAUUAAAACUUUUAAAACUUUUAAAAAUCGAAUAAACAAGAUGCCUGAUCAUAAAGAAAGCAUUCUAGGUUACACUCACGAUCCAGAGAUCGUCGUUAUAAACGAAGAAGUGACAAAAAAUUCGAUGAAUUAAGGGAGACAGUGGCUAACCUACAAAAAGUAGUUGAGUCACUUGUAGGUGCUCAAACAAAUAAUUUGCCUAAUCCAAAUGAUCAUGAACCCUCUGUUAAUUCAGAAGGGGAAAAGGAAAAUGAUCCGACGUUAAAAAACUCAAAGUCACAAGAAGAUGUUAAGACUCCAGAUAACAAGUCAGACGAGUCUGUAUCUGAGGCAGCGUUGAAUGACGAUGUGUUAAGAGCGCUAGGUAUUGGUCUGCAUGAGCCUAAAUUCAAGAAGGUUGAAUACCACCCUGAAUUGGUUAAAAUAUGGGGAAGCUGGAUGAAAAAAGGUGGUCCAGAGAAAAACAAGAAAGAAAUUGUUGAAUCAUAUAACAGAAAGGAUGAAUUCUAUACUGAGGCUCCAAAGAUUAACCUAGAAAUCAUUCCAAUGCUCUCAGAAAUUGCCAAAAAGAGCGACUAACACUUUGUUGAUAGACAAAAUAGUGUUGGAACUGCCCUGUCAAUUGCAGCAGCUGGUUUGACUACCAUGAUGGAUCCCCCAGAGCAUGGCAUUGACCCUGAUCGUAUCACAACCUUUUUCAGUCAUAUAGGUCAAAUUUUGACUGAUGCAUAUCAUCAAGACUCACUAUGUCGUAAGUCAUUUAUUACUCCCAAUUUCAAUAAAUCCAUUAAACCAACGGUGGAGUCCAUGAUCUCUGAUGAAUGGCUUUAUGGUAGCGACCUUAAAGAGAAGGUGAAAGAUGCUAAAGAGAUUGAAAAAGCGUGUUCGGAAAUCAAGGAAAAAAGUAGAAAGGAUUCCUUCAAAUCUCGAGAUCAGGGAAACUUGAAGAACCCGCCUGCACAAUACAAGCAGGCGGGUCAGCCUCAAAAACUUCGAAUCAUCAAGUUCAAAAAGAGAACGUCGCUAGCGCAAACGCAAAACACAUCGAGGACCUCGACUCCAACGACGAGCCAAUCAUCCUCGAAGAAAUAACACAGGUUAGGAUAGCUGGCAGACUUCAAUUCUUUCAACAAACUUGGAAAAAGAUUACUUCUGAUAAAUUAAUUUUAAGCUACAUAAAUGGCUACAAAAUCCCAUUUGAAUGAACACCAAUUCAGAUAUUUCGUCCGAAGGAACAAACAUAUUUCGAAGAAGAACACAUCCAUUGUCAUCCCACCUUUCAUUGGUGGUAGGGAAGUUAUCGGGACAGCAUUCAUAAAACAAGGCAUCAGUGAAGAAGCGAUUCCGAUGAUGGUGAAUUCUAUAACAGACUCAGCUCGUAGACAAUAUGAAAGUGGCUUGAAAUUAUGGUGGAAUCAUGCCCACCGACAUGUUUUGGACAUCUACAAUGCUCAAUCCAGAGAUGUUAUAAAUGUUGUUCCCGCGUUAAAUUUUCUACAAAAGUUACCACCUCUUAAAGAGCUCAAAUUGAAAGAAGCAUCAGAGAAGGUUUCGACUCUUUUAGCAUUAACUACAGCUCAGAGGUUACAAACAUUUGCAUUGAUUAAUAUAAACAAUAUUUCUUUUACUGACACUGGCAUAACUAUUAAAAUUACUGAGUUGAUCAAGACUUCUAGACCUGGUGCUUAUCAACCCGAGUUGAUACUUCCUUUUUGUAAUGAAAGACCAGGCUUAUGCGUAGCCACCGCAGUCAAAGACUAUUUAACUAUUACUAAAGAUUUAAGAAAAAUAGAUUCAGAUAAACUAUUUAUCACAUCAGUGAAGCCACAUGGUCCAGCAUCGUCCCAAACUAUUGGGCAUUGGAUAAAAGUCUUUCUAAAGAAAGCUGGAGUUCAGUUCAAUCAAAAGAACAGCUGGUUGGGCUCCGAGUUCUCAAAUUUUUUUUCAAAUUCUACAAUAAGCUUAUACAAACAUCUAACGAUAAAUUUAUCAAACGAGCCCGCCGAUCCAAAUUAUAUGAAGAGUCUCAUCAUCUUCGGAAUUUUGCGUGAUAAUUCGCUAAUCAAAGCACAAACGAUAUGA